UUAGGCUUUGUCUUCCCUUCGGAAAGUACACCUAUCGAAAUUAACAGUGACAUAUGUCUCAGUACAUGUCUCUAUCUCUAGAAAGAGUUGGGAAAUUCACUUUACUAGGAUAUAGAAUCGAAGAUAUUAGGAUAUUACCUACCUCACUAUCAAUAAAUCCAAACUGGGAUUUAAAAAACGGUUAAUGUAUGUUUAUCAGACCGAUUUUGCGUAUAGCCUCUGAGUCGAGGGAAUAAAGGCCAUUUUGAACCAAUUCAGCAAGAUGCUAUAUCGCCGUUUGACGUUUUGGAGGGUAGUCGCACGCAUGCGCGGCCGCCGUAGACACGCCGCGCGAGUCGGCCGGCGGGCGCCAGUCGACCGGCGGCUGGCACCCGCGGCGGCCGCUCCCCGCGCGCUCGCUCGCACGCCGCGACGCGUGUACUAUGUGAAUGUUUCUAUCCGCAUUUUUAUCAGUUUUUAAGUGAGCGAAUAUUGGAGGGCUUUCGACGAUGCGGGCCGCGGGCGCGUGACCACGGACGGGCUGCUGAGCGCUCUGGCCCGCCUGCGCCGCCCGCCGCCCCCCCUCACCCACCCGCACAACACACUACCCUCACGACCCUCGGAUGGGCGUACCCAGGCCCCCAAGAUCCAAUCGUCUCGUCCCUCCCCUGAACACCCCGCAGGUGCGGAGGGCAGCAUGACGGUGGCGCACGGGGACGGCUCCCCGGAGCGGCUGGGCGGCGCGCUGCGGCGUCUGCACUACCGCGCCACGCGCCGCGCGCACUCCGCGGCCGCCCGGCACCACUCCGCCACACCCAAGGUAGUGGUGAUGGGCAGCAGCACCACCUCCGACAAGACCAUCAACACCAGCACCGACUCCGCCGCCACCGCGCUCACCUCCGUCACCGGCACCGAUGACUCCAUGGACGCCGAGCCCGACCUCAUCGACGCCGACCCUCCGCAGCCUCCGCCCCCGCAACCCCUCCCCGAACAUCAGGACCCCCCCAGCACGGCACCUCCCCAUUACCAUCGAGCACAGGACAGCUGCGAGUUCGACGCCCCAGCGUACACCAUCCCCCAGUCCGCCACCGACACGAUAGACUCCCCCCGCCCCGGUCCCGCAAAAUUCGUCUUCGACGUCCCCUUACCUGAUCCCAAAAAAAAUGACAAACCUCGCAACAAAACCCAAGUCAGUCAAACCGGCCUAGGCGGGCCUUCGACUUCUAUUCAAAUACCCUACGACCCGAAAAUCGAACCACCCAAAAGUCCGAAAGUAAACCAAGUGAAAUAUGAAACGCAUUUUGAUUUUGAGCCCGAAACUGUGAAAAGAAGAGGUAGCGAAUCGCGGACGAAGAACAAGAAGAAAGAAAAGCAGGAGUACUAUAAGGAUGAGGUUGCGAAAUUAAGAAGACAGUUGGAAGGCACAGAAGUGUUCACGCCGAGCCGCAGAAGAUCUUCCACUCACCAGCACUCCGUCCCACCGCCGUGCUCCAGGAGACAGUCCACAGCCGCUCAAGUCCACGUGACCGCCAAUCCCCUGGACUCCGCAUCAUCCAUGCCAGCGGGCAGAACCACGAUAGUGGUGCAGCAGCCGUCGCUGUCGCUGGACUACGGUGGCUGCUCCACCAUCCUGGUGCGAGACGGGGAGGACGGGAGGAGGACAAGCAGGGUCUGCAGCGACCACAUCCAGCAGCUGCUGGACGUGACGAGCCAGUUCACGUCCGAGGACCUGCACGAGUUUGACAAGAGGUACGGAAGUCCGCACCACACGCGCUCUCAGUCUGUCAAGGCACAGCGAUCGCGGACGGGAGAGAGACAGCUGCUGGGUCUGCCGCAGCAGCGCGCGCGGGUCGCGUCCAUGCCCAACACUGGCGUAGAGGAGGAGUAUUAUAGACUGAGGCACUUUAGCAUUACUGGUAAGGGUGUGAUAAACAGAGGAGAUUCGCUGCGCUCGAGGAGAUCGCGCUCCAACACGUCGGUGGCGUCCAGCGCAUCCAGCACGGAGGCGGUCACGCGCGCCUCGGCUCCUUGCUCUUUGGCCUCCUCUAGGGAUUCCUCGGCGGGGCUGAGCACGUACCGCGUGCUGGUGCUGGGCGGGCCCGGCGUGGGCAAGUCGAGCCUGGUGGGGCAGUUCAUGACCUCGGAGUACCUGCACGCGUACGACACCAGUAUAGAUGACGAAUCCGGUGAGAAGUCAGUGUGCGUGCUGCUGGCGGGCGACGAAUCGGAGAUCACGUUCCUGGACUCUCCCCCGGAGAACGCCAUCUCGGAAACAGCAGCGCACGGCUACUGCGUGGUGUACUCGACAGCGGACCGCGGCAGCUUCGCCGAGGCGGAGCGGCGGCUGCAGGCGCUGUGGGCCGCGGGCCACACCGCCAGGAGAGCCGUCAUUCUGGUGGGGAACAAGGCAGACUUGGCCAGGUCUCGGGCUGUGCCUACUGACGAAGGUAAAGCGCUGGCCACAUCGUACGAGUGCAAGUUCAUAGAGACGUCGGUUGGCAUCAACCACAACGUGGACGAGCUGCUGGUGGGGCUGCUGACGCAGAUCCGCCUCAAGCAGCAGCACGCUGAGAGAGUGAGGUGAGGAGGGGGAGUCUCUGAUGACGUCGGUGGGCAUCGACCACAACGUGGACGAGCUGCUGGUGGGGCUGCUGACGCAGAUCCGCCUCAAGCAGCAGCACGCUGAGAGAGUGAGGUGAGGAGGGGGAGUCUCUGAUGACGUCGGU